AUGUCUUCCACUUCAGCCGAAGUUGGUGAACUGUUCAAUGGAAGGGGCAUAGUGCGAACAAUGGGACAGCCCGAGAUUGCUCAGUUUAUCGUAUUCCCUGACGAACUCCUGAAGGAGAAGAAGGGUGCGCAGAAUCAAUCAUAUGGCAUACAUACCCUCAAGUCCGCAUCUCAAGAAGGCAUUCUAUACAAGGAAGAUCUAGCAGCACAAACUUGGUUGAAGUCAUUCAAGCGCACGGAGACUCGCAAAAAGGAUUUCGAGCAAGCAGAAGACGAAUUUGUCCCAUCCAUCUCAAGAAUCGAAAGAGCAACCCCGUUGCAAAAGAACGAUAGAUUUCCCAAGUAUUGGGACUCACUAAAGUACCCUAAUCUACAGCUGAACAUUGCAACCGAAAAGAUAUCGCCAAAAAAGAGAAGUAUUAAACUCCACUUAGCCGCCCUCAUUGCAGUUAUUCUUCAAGCUUCCCUUCUUGUUAUAGCUGCUGUCGUCCCGUACCGCGCUCAGGACUACGAGUCUCAGCCUUGGGGACUUCCCUGCUACAUUGGCGGCUCAGUCCUUCUUUUCAUUGGCAUGCUUGCAUGUCCUAUUGCCAUUGAAAGAAGCACCAAGGAGUUCAAAUGGCGGCCGAGCUCAGGUAUCGAUAAUGAGACGCAAGCUUCCUCUGAAGUCCGAACUCAAUCCAUUGAUUUGUUUUGGGUACAACGGAUGCAGCGCGGCCCACAAGAGAACAAAUCAGCCAGGUCUGAGGAAGAUAGGAGAUUGGAGUCAGACUUUCUGGCAGUAACCGCGAUAUUUGCUGGUGGCGCCGGUUUCACAGUUCAGUUCAUUGGCCUCAUGGGACUACCAUGGCCUUGUGCUGUUGCUCAGCUCGGUGCUAUUAUCGUCAUGGCUAUCAUCAGAGCCCUAGUUCGUCGAAGGCUCGGAGACGAUCCGGACUAUUGCUCUGCACCUUCACGUGUCUCUAGUUUGAGUAAGGAGGAUUCUGCAUCUUCACAGUCCAGUCAGUCGAACGAGGCUCAGCGGAACAUGCUCGUUCGAAAGCGACUAGGGGAUCUUGUCCGAUGGGAGACGGAGGCAUUCAAACCAGCUCUGGCAUUAGCUCGUUCCAUUGAGCGAUUUCUGGACGAGUUUAUGCCAACUGCAUCAGACCAGAACCUGAUAUAA